AUGAAAACUCAUGAGUAUGCUACAUCGUACACAACCGAUAUCGAAGAUAUAAGCGAUGAGUUCAGCGUUGAUUUGAUAGUCAAAAUGCCUAAGAUAGGCUCUCAAAGAAAGAAAGUGCAUGGUUUUGUGACUAAACAAUUCAAAUUCAGAUCGAUGAUACCCACAACGAAUAUGAAUCUCUUCAAUUUUGCGAGUACGGUGGAGAAGUAUAAAGAUCCACUUGAAAUAAUUCAGAAAUUUUACAACUUCAUGCUGGAUCAAAUAGCUAAAGAAAUCAACGAUCUUCAUACACUUGGAGCAGGAGGUGAUGAUGUGGAUAAUAUGAAUAAGAAGAGAAGGCGUAUGAGUGAAAGGAAAAAGAAGAAAUGGUACACUGAAACUUUAAACCACCAACUUGAUGAGAAAUCAGGCCGUAUGGAAGAAUUCAAAUCAGAAGAUGAUAGGUUGGUGGAAAUCGGACAAGGUUUGGAAUGCAACGCUCGAGAAUUUAUCUGA